AUAAAAUGUCUCUGAUAGAUUACGAACUACGUUCAUAGUGUUCACAGUCAAGACAUCCUUCGAUUGACGCGAAAUAAGUACAUACUUGCUGCAUUAUUCUUGAACUUGAGUAAAUAAUAUCACGUUAUUAUAGCGUGAUAAAUUAAGAAACUCUCGUCGUGUGAUGUGAAAGAAAGAAAUAUAGGAAAUAUUAUUCCCUGUUGUGAAAGUGUUUUGCAAUAUAUACAUUGCAACAUCUGGAUAAAACGCAGAAAUAUCAACUGCGCAGAUAUUUAUCUCAGUGACUAGCAAAUUCAAUUGUGGAAAUAAGAAAGUAUAAUGUUAACCUCUGUGUCUGCGACACCAUCUACCUCUGUGAGCAGUUCUGGGCUACCAAGUCCAACCACUGAUAUAGUCGAUGACAACUCAAAUAGACUGACAGUUUACUUACAACAACUCUCUGGCAAUUAUGAAGUCGAUAUUGAUAUAAUAGCCAAAGAUCAUUGUUACGCUCGACCAUGGAAUUGGAAACCAGAGAACAUUUAUGUGAAGCCAGUAAAGAAACUAUUUUUCUCAAAGAACAUUGCAACAAGUGAUAAACGUAGGAAGAAUGAAGAGAUCGAAGUGGAAGAUGUUGACGGUGAACCAUCAUCACCACCUUUCGAUUUAAAUAGGACUCGACAAUUAAUGGACGAAUUUCAACGUUUAGCAAGUUUCGCGCGACCCGAAGAAGAAGAGGAUUGGGAGGAGAAGAUGGAUAAAACUUUAUUUUCUCCAGUUCAGAAUCGAAUAUUCACCAAAGUGACGCGGAUACUAAACUCGGAGAGGCUUGCGAGAUUAGCGAAGGCUAAAAGUGUAACGGAACCAAUCUUUCGAAGAACAUUUGUCGAUAUCGCGGCGAGACGAUUUCGAGAAACAUUAGCAUCAACAGGAUGGGAUUGGAGACUGACUCAAUGGUUGCACAAUUUAUUGUUUGAACAUCUUCCUCAGGAAUACCUGGCCAUUUAUCUAGAUAUUUUACAAGCUUUGAGACUAAAAAUCCCACAGCUGAUUGACAAAAUGAUCGCUAUACAGCCAAAUAUCAGCGCUAAGGGGGGUUCCAUAACAUGGGAAACACUCGGAUCACUCUUGAAACGAUCUUGGGAUCCGGUCGCGCCGAGUUUAAACGGGAAUAGAGUCAAGAAGUUGCCCGGAAAUCCGAUCUUAGUAGUAGUGUCAUCCGGCGUCAGCUCAACCGUUUCUUCGCGUCACCAUAAGUGGAUCACUCAGUUGGGAUCGUUAGGAAUGGUCGCCACUGUACACACGCAUUUGGGUUUGGCAGCUAACAGGAUGACCAUGAUGGUGUGCAUGGAUCAACUGGUUCAAGCUACGAGAGCCAAGAUACAAGACGUCAGGAGCGAUUGUCCCGGUAGGCCAAUCAUUCUUGUAGGUUUUAACACCGGCGCAGCGCUUGCUUGUCAGGUGGCACAGAUGGAACACGUAACUGCCGUCAUUUGCAUUGGAUUUCCUUUCGCAACGGUCGAAGGAAAACGGGGUACACCGGACGAUACAUUAAUGGACAUUCGUUGCCCUGUCAUGUUUAUUAUCGGGCAGAACGCUACUCUUGUUAGGCCCGAUGAUUUAGAGGAGCUUCGCGAAAAGAUGCUGGUCGAGACGAGUCUGGUGGUUGUGGGCACGGCCGACGAUUACCUCAGGAUAUCCACAUCGAAAAAGGUGCUCGAGGGCAUCACGCAGAGUAUGGUGGAUAGAUGUAUAUUGGAUGAGAUUGGUGACUUUGUUGGUAGCAUUCUGUUGCAACCACAUCCGUUACCGUUGAGACCAACGAUGGCUAAUUCUGACAAGAGUAAAAAGGAACUUCACAAACGAAGAAAUUCGACCAGCAGUUCUGUAGAGAGUGAGCCCAAUUCGCCAGUCACGAAGAAAUCCCGACCGAACACACCAGUAUCCUCUGGUGCACUGUCAGUUGGGGCAAACGCGACAUCGACCUCCUCUCCCAAAAUCGGUACAUUCAGCACCCAAUCGAGCCUAGUGCAAGUAAGCGGACAACACACGAAUCACACACCCACUUUGAAACGGAAACGACAAUCGAACAACCAGAAAAGUCAAUUCACGGAGCACCUAAAGACCUCUAGACUUUCUGGACAGACAAAUAUUAAUGCGGAUAACGGUAUAACACUCAACAUCGGUACAUUGGCGAGUCUGGCGCCGAUAGGACCAAUACGUUUAGCACCUACCACCGUAAAUCAAUCCAUCAACACAUCCUCCAAGACAUCCAACACGUCCAAAUCAUCGAUCAUGCCCGUCAAGAUACCGAAGAUCGUCUCGACAAGCGUGCCACUGCAGAACGUUUCGAAGAUGAAAACGAUCGUAUCUUCCAAUAAGUCUUAUUCGAACAUAAUCCCGAGUAAUUAUAGACACACGCAGGUCAACGUGCCUGAUAAAAACGGAGAUGCGAAAUUAGUAAAUGUUUUCACCGAGGGUGGAAAUCAAAUAAGAGUCACCACGACUCCCGGAGGAGGGAGCAGCAGUAGGCCUGUCGCGACAAGUGGCACAUUGUCGAAUCUAUUACAGAAUGGAAAGAACUCGAUCUCGCUCGCAAGCGGUGUGUCCCCUGCCCGUGUAUCAUCCAGCUCCAGUAUCCUAUUAACGACCGGCAAUGCGCCUGCGAGUAAUGUAACACCAUCAACAUCAACUACUUCAAAAGCAAUGGAGGAGAUAGGAGUAAGCAGCAGCUCUCACUUAUUGGACAUAUCCAAGUCGGCGCAUUCACGACAAGGAACUGCAUCUGAUAAUGCAGCAAUCGAUAACUCCCAUCAUGAUACGUCAUGCAGUAACAUAGUUAUUGUUGAAAAUUCUCUUCACAACAGAAGCGCGCCUUCGUCAGUGAUAGUUCCGCUUAAUAGCCAAAAUCCCGGAAACAUAUUGCCGUUAUCCAACAAGCUGAAGAUCUCUCAAAAGUCAAUGAAGGCAAUGCCGAAAAUCACGCUCAAUGCCAACAAUCUGCAGAGACUCCAAAAGGCAAAGUCACAGAACAUCCAGAGAAAGAAUGUCGUAAAUGAUCUGGAUGAUGAUCUAGGGAAUAUACUAGACAUACCGAUAAUAUUUGCCAAAGACGACGACAACUUAAGCAGCAUUGAUAAGAUACCAGUUGUAACUCAAGCGAUGCCAACCAAGGAGCCUCAGGAAAGACCCAAGCUAAACAAUACUACUAAGAUAGUUCUUAUAAGUAACAAACAAGAUAACAAGUUGCAACAAACAUCGAGUAAAUCUGGAGCAGCUUCUAGUCAAGCCGUCAUAUGUCCCAAUAUACCUAUACAGAAUCUAAAUCGGCUAGUAGUGCAAUCGCAGAACAGCAAUGUGCAAGCAAAGACCAGAGUCCGAGUGCCAAUGGACAAUCGGCCAGUGCAACCUGCUGUAAAGUACACCAAAAUCAUAUUGGCAAAAAGGAAGGCACAACCGACUCCACGUAACGUCGAAAGGAACGAGCAGAUAAUUGCAGCGAGGACCUUGGCGGACGCACCCAAAAUCUUGACUUUUGAAAAAGACGAAGACAGGUACGUGCAGACGCAGUCUUGCAAAAUAUCGACCAAUUACGAGAAUUCCUUUACGGAUAACGCACUUGAGAUCGAGGACGCUAUUAAGACAAAUAUCAUUGAGCGUAGCAAAUACGUACCCGCACUUGCGACUCUUGACAAUCACUCCAAUAUUUUGAGCGAGACGAAUUUAAACAACAAAGAGGACGCAGAUUUGUCUACUUUCGACAUUACCAAUGAAAUGCAAAUGUAGAAUACACAUGAUUCCUUUAUAAAAAUUCAUGACGUGCCGAUAGCGUAUUAUGCGACGAGACACCUGCGAAAUAUAUUAUUUCAAAGUGUCAAUAUCUUUUAUUAUAUUAUAUUAGUUAUAAUUUUUGACACAAGUAUGUAAUGUAUUAUUUAUAUUAUUACAUAUUACUGUAUUAUUGUAACUAAUAUAUUGAUGCGUUAAUUAUUAUAUACAUGUUAACAUGACAUACUGGUUUCUGAGCUUUAAUAGUGAUAAUUAAUAUGUAUUUUGUUAAUUUUAUUAUAAUAAAACUGCAAUUUAUCUCGAAA